AUGGCAGGUGCCAUUACCACAAUCGGUAACCAGAUUGCCGCUGGGACGUAUCCGUUCUCCAAUGAUAUUUCUGGUCUUUGCCCCAAGUACAUCAACAUCUUCCGUGCCACUUUGAUCAUCUCCGUUUUUUGUGUAGUGUCGAAUCCAUGGCAGAUAAUCAAAAACGCGGCCGGCUUGCUGGCUUUCUUGUCCGGUUACAGCAUGUUCAUGGGAGCCAUUUGCGGUACGAUGUGUAGCCACUACUACCUCAUCGUCAACAAGAAGCUCAACAUUCACGAGAUGUACAAUGGCCAUGGCAUCUACCGAUACUCCAAGGUCGGCAUCAAUUGGAGAGCCUAUGCGUCCUUCUUCACAGCGGUGGCACCACUGCUGCCAGGUUUUUGCAAGAGUAUCGAUGCAAACCUCGACGUUGGAGGUGCUUGGAAGAUCUACACCUUCUCCUGCAUCUAUGGAUUCACCGUUUCCGGCCUCGUUUACUACCUCAUCUGCACUUACGUCUCGGGCGUGGGUGUUGCGAAGAUUGAUGAGGCGGUUUAUCCCCCAUCGAAAUCACAAGCAACAGAUGUUGAAGUGGGAGUCGCUCCAUCAGAGGAAGAUUCGAUCGAGGAAAAGGCUGGUGUUGCCGUGUCGAUCGGGGCAAAGGAAUUUGGGCCUCAGUGA